AUGGAGAAACUUCAAAACUUGAAGUAUUUCAAUGUUUCUGACAACAAAUUGUAUGGUGAAAUACCCUCGGGGGGUCCUUUCAAGAACCUCUCGAGUCAGUUUUUCAUCAACAAUGAAGCAUUGUGUGGUUUGUCAAGGUUUAGUGUCCCACCAUGCCCCACUUCAUCAAGGCAUAGAUCAAAUAGGAAACAAAUGCUACUCCUUUUUCUUUUGCUAGGAACUGCACUUGUAUUUGUUCCUGUCUCCUUUGUGUUCCUAUGGAUAAGGUAUAGAAGAGGUAAAAGAUCUCCUCAACGAGCUGAUUCAUUGUCUAUUGCAACAACAGAAAGAAUUUCAUACUAUGAACUGCUCCAAGCAAUUGAUUCGCUUAGCGACAGUAAUCUGAUUGGUUCUGGAAGUUUUGGCUCUGUUUACAAAGGCGUUCUCAGGAGUGGGACUGCCAUUGCAGUUAAAGUGUUCAAUCUGCAACUGGAAGCGGCAUUCAAGAGUUUUGAUACAGAAUGUGAAUUUUUGCGUCGCCUUCGCCAUAGGAAUCUUGUGAAAGUCAUCACUAGUUGUUCCAACCUUGAUUUUAAGGCUUUAGUGCUCGAGUAUAUGCCUAAUGGAAGUCUUGACAAGUAUUUGUAUUCACACAACUACUUCCUAGACAUUAGGCAGAGACUAAGCAUUAUGAUAGAUGUAGCAUGCGCGUUGGAAUAUCUUCAUCAUGGAUGCUCCUCUCCGGUGAUUCAUUGUGACCUGAAGCCUAGUAACGUCUUGCUGGAUGAGGAUAUGGUUGCCCACCUAAGUGACUUUGGUAUUUCAAAACUGCUUGGUGAAGAUGAGAGUGAUUUAUACACAAAAACCUUAGCAACAUUUGGUUAUAUUGCACCGGAGUAUGGACUGGAUGGACUGGUGUCAGUAAAAUGUGAUGUCUAUAGUUACGGGAUUAUGUUGCUGGAAACAUUUACUAGGAGAAAGCCUACUGAGUUUGAGGGAGAUCUUAGCUUGAAGCAAUGGGUGAGUUAUUCACUCCCAGAGGCAGUAAUGGACGUUAUGGAUGCCAACUUGGUUACACGAAUGGAUAAUCGCUUACAAAAAGAGUUAGAUAUCGUGGCAUCAAUCAUGAAAGUAGCAUUAGAUUGUUGUGCUGAAUCUCCGACAAUAAGGACAAACAUGAAAGAUGUUGUAGGGAUGCUACAGAAGAUCAAGAUUCAACUUCUUGCAUGCUGA